CCGCGCGGUGCUUCCCGGGUCUGUCUAAGCAGCUGCAGCGGCCGCGGGAGCCGCGGCGGCGAAAUGCACCAAGCCUUUCUUCGGGAAAUGAGCCCCGCACAACCUUCCCCCUUGCUACCUGAGUGAGAGUCCGAAUGGAUCAGCCAGAGCCAGGUCUUGCAGCAGAUGCGGCAGCGGCAGCAGCGGCUGGCUAUGAGCCUGCGGUGCCUGCUCGGCCCGGUUGCGUCUACACCGGCUGCUACUGUGAGGAAAAUGUGUGGAAGCUUUGUGAAUACAUCCGAAACCAGAAUUUAUACCCUUUAGAAGAAUUUUAUGCGGUUUUCAUUUCCAACGACAGGAGGACGGUGCCCCUUUGGGAGCAGCGGGCAGGCAUGGUUGGUCAACCUGUGAUUUGGGACUACCAUGUUGUUUUGCUUCAUGUGGCCAGCGGAGACCAGAAUUUCAUUUACGACCUCGAUACGUUGCUGCCUUUCCCUUGCCCCAUCGACAGCUAUAUUGAAAAGGCUUUUAAAUCAGACAGCAUUAUUCGUCCAGAAUUUCAAAGAAAAGUUCGAUUGGUUCGAGCCGACAUGUACCUGAAGACGUUUGCUUCUGACCGAUCCCACAUGAAAGAUGCCAGCGGGAACUGGCAAAAACCGCCUCCGUUAUACCCGUGCAUUGAGACCGCAGACUUCAAGAUGAACCUGGAUGACUUCAUCAGUAUGAAUCCAGAUGUUGGAUGGGGAUCUGUGCUCUCUCUCCCCGAAUUUGUGCAAGGGUUCGGCAGCCAGAACUGAUUUUUGACUCACAGCGAAGAAAUCCUUUUGACGGGCGCCAUUCCUAUUUAUUGCAUUCAGAUGUUUAAAGUUGGACUAAUAGUACUGGUUGCAUUUGGGCUUGGGGAAAUAGAAGAAAAUGUACUGAACGGAAUAAAACCUUUUUAAUAAAAUUAAAAAUUAAAAUGUAUAUUAAUAUAUAUUGAGAGGAGCCAAAAUAGCAUAGGAAGACUAGAUCGUUGGUCCAUUUAGCUCAAUAUUGUCUACCCUGACUGGCAACAGCUCUCUAGGGUUUCAGACUAGGAGCUCUCGGACAUGCCAGUGUUUGACUCCGGGAACCUCUGCAUACUCUACCAGUACAUUAUGCCAUUUUUCUUGUGAAAUCCUUCAUGUUCUAGAUUGUUCUAUCGGCGAUCUUCCAUCGGCAGAGCAGCCCCCUGUAGGACACAAGUGAUAUGAAGCCACUCAGAGGUGGGCAAUAGGUAGCUAGGUAAGGAUGCUUUGAGAGGCAUGUGAGAAGAGGGAAAUAUAAAAGAACAGGCAUCCCCAAACUGCGGCCCUCCAGAUGUUUUGGCCUACAACUCCCAUGAUCCUUGCUAACAGGACCAGUGGUAGGGAAAGCUGGGAAUUGUAGUCCAAAACAUCUGGAGGGCCGAAGUUUGGGAAUGCCUGGUUUAGAACAUCCAGAUCAGCAGAUUCUGCCUAAAAUUGGGAGGCUCAAUCACAAUAUCUCCGAAGCAAGUAUGUGGAAAGCUGAGCUAUGAAGCAAAUGCUGUGGCAAAAAAAUUAGCAAAUUGCAAAAAAAAAAAGAAGGGUCAGAUACCAAUAGAAAAACGAUGCAAGUAAUUCCCAGCUGAUCGUACCAAACUGUGCACCCACCUGCUACCUUGUUUAGUGGGAUAAAUGAUCUCGCCUAAGCCAAUACAAAUUGAUGGUGGCCAAAUGAUAUUCUCAUUUAAAUCUGAAUGUUCUCAGAUGGGGUGAUAACCAGAAUCCGGGAGCUCUUAUAUUACAUUUACACCCCAAGGCUGGAAAAGAGGCUGUUUAUUUUCAUACAUAUGAAAAAUGUGUUGCAAAUUGAGCUGCACCAUGAGUUACUAUAAGAGGUAAUAAUUGUUUUAUUAUUAUUGAAUACAAUUAACAUUUUGAAUGCAACUCGAAAUUUUCUCUGGGUGCAGAUCUACCUUUACCCAGCAGAGGGUGCUUUUAGCAUUGGACAAAGGGCAGCACAGAUUAUAAGAUUUCCAGAGGCUUGGGUGCUUAGGGGUUGCGGAUUUUUGAAAUGUUUCAAAAGCUAGUAAAGUUUGUGUGACUUGAAGCGACAGCAGGGGAAAGAAAUUAUGUACGCCAUAGGCAAGGAAACCUUUCUCAGCCUCCCUUCGACGACCUUUGAAAUGGGAAAAGUGCAGACUAAAAGAAGGAUUUCUUUCUACUGUACAAGAAAGAAGAUUCCACCUAAACAUUAGGAAGAACUUCCUGACAGUAAGAACUGUUCGACAGUGGAAUUUGCUACCAAUGAGUGUGGUGGAGUCUCCUUCUUUGGAGGUCUUUAAGCAGAGGCUUGACAGGCAUAUGUCAAGAAUGCUUUGAUGGUGUUUCCUGCUUGGCAGGGGGUUGGACUGGAUGGCCCCUGUGGUCUCUUCCAACUAUGAUUCAUUUUUGGAAGGCAUGUUAUGCUGAUCAGUAGCUAGUAGCCUUUAUGGCUUAAGACAGGCAUGCCCAAAGUCCGUUUCAGGGGGCCUAAUCCGGCCUGCCGUUCGAUUUAAUCCGGCCCCUGUGGCAGUAUAUGUUCUGGGGUAAAAUCCUAUUAAAAAAAACUCGGUGUAAAAUCAUAGAAUUUUAGAGUUGGAAGGAACCCCGAGGAUCAUCCAGUCCAAUACAGGAAUAUGUAGCUGUCCCAUACAGGGAUCGAACCUGCAACCUUGGCAUCAUCCGCACUAGGCGCUAACCAACUGAGCUAUCCAGUGCUCCUCUUGCUUAAAGGCUUCCAGGGGCAACUGAUUGGCAUGUGGCCCCCAGAGGGUUGGUUUAGGGUGAAUGCAACCCUCAAACAACAACAACAAGAAAAAGACUCGCUGCCAUAGAUAAUUCUGGGAAGUGGCUGUUUUUCAAGGUCUCCUGUAGCUUCUCGACGGGAAGACUAAUACUGUGUUCUGUCACUAGGUGUCACUGUUUGCAGUUUGUCUCCUAUUGAAAGAGCAAAGGUCUAAGCCAGGCAUGUCCGAAGUCCAUUCCGGGGGCUUAAUCCGGCCCGCCGGUUGGUUUAAUCUGGCUCCUGUGGCAGUUCAUUUCCUGGUGAAAAACCAUUAAAAAAGCUCAACAACUUUGGUCGGCCUCCACGGCCCUUCACUUCAUCAACUCUGGCCCUCUUUGGAAAAAGUUUGGACACCACUGGGACUGCAUAAAGCUGUCCAUUCCUCAUGUACAUGAUUUGAGCACUGUUGUGGCAGUGGAUAAAACCCAUGAAUUAAUUACAUGCAGAAAAAUAAAUGAGUGAUGUAUGUUCAAUCUACAAAGAAAAUUGCAUGCAAAUUAAACAAAAUAUUCAAUUUGUUUAUUAAUAAUGAGUAAUACCAGCAAUGAACCAUCACCUUCCCUGUUUUUUUUAUUGUUUUCCUGGAAUCUGCUUAGUGGUUGCCUGGAACUCCCAUGCGACAAUACCAUUUAAUGCGUUUGGACCUUUCGGUUACCAAAAACUGAAUAAAAUAAAGUGAAGUGGAGCUUUCCCACGGGGACUGGAGUACAGGAAUUAGCAUGUGGGAGCAGCAGUAGAAAACAGAAAUGUGUGUUCGUAUGUGAAAUCCCUCUGUGCAUUGCAGAAAUGCCACUUACUCCCUUCCCUUUAGUGAGCCUUUUCUUAAGUAAACAUGUUGCAGACUGCAUUCCUUUGGUGUGUGUGUUUUUGAUAUUUCCUGCAACUUCAAAAUA